CUGAUAGUUGACAGCGGGCGAGCAUACAAAAGAGGUGGAAAGAUCUGUACUCGCGGUGCAGACGGAGGAUUUUCUUCUUCUCAGAAGGAGUUUCAGAGGUGUGAAAACCCCCCUGUGCUGCUGGAUGGCUGACUGAGCUGUGUACAAACAUCUAGUGCACAUUUAAAUCCAAGCAUCAGGCCCUUUGACCUUUAGCCCUAACAUCCCAGUUGGAGUGUGAUCUGGUGGGAUGGCAGAGGGUGGUGUGGUUACGUGUCCCGAGGUGUUUGUGGUGGACACACAAGCAAACUACAUCUCCAAUCCCAACGGGAAGGAAUCGAGAUGGGCUAGAGUAAGCCAAAAGUUUCUUCUGCUGCUGGUGGGACUCACCCUGUUGGGACUUUUUGUCGAGGGAUGUUUCAUCUACAGACUAUACAAAAAAACGGAGGAAUUUUCCCUCUGUAAAUAUUCCCCUCUCUGCCAGAACCUGUCCCAUCCCCAAACAUCUGGCCAGCAGGGUGACACCAUGAGUCAAGUGGGACCUGAAGAGUCCAAUGACAUUCCCAAGAUGCUGGCAAACCUGGAUCAAGUCCAACAGAGGCCCUUUGCUCAACUCAUAGGCGCCGACAACCCUAUAGGCUUGAACAACAUCUUGCUGUGGGUAGAUAAAGUUGGCGAAACCGUCACCCACAACAUGGGCUACAAAGAUGGCAAGUUGUUAGUGGAGAAGGACGGUUACUACUACCUCUACUCCAAAUUGACAAUAAAUGCUUCAGAGGAGUGUUCUCUUAUCCAGCACAAGAUCAUGAAAGUCACUAGAGCCUACGACAAUUCUAUAGAACUUAUGAGAUCAAAAAGUGUCCGCUGCCCGAGUCAUUCCAAGGCAAAGGCUUCAGGCGGGGAGGAUCUGUGGAACAGUUUUCUGGCUGGGAUCUUCCACCUGCAGAGUGGAGAUGGAAUUUUCGUCACAUUGGAAAACAAAAACAAGAUGCGUCCAGGACCUAUUGACAAUCUCAUGGGAGCCUUUAUGAUAUUACCAGGCAGUAUUCUGCAAUAACACCUCCGUCCCACAAUGUGAUCAUAUUCUGUACCUCUGUGUGUUUUGUAAUUUACACCAUUUGUUGUGGUGAAUGAUGUAUAUCUAACAUAUACAGUAUAUAACCUAAAUUAUACCAUACUCAAUUAAUGUAUUUGAGUUCCUUGUGAAAAAGCAACAAAUGGUUGUGAUAUCAUAAAAAAAAGUAUCUGAUAUUCAGAUUAUAUAAUCCUACAAUGUUGCAUAUUUUGUUGUGUGAAUAAAAUAUGGUUUCUC